GUGUCGUUGUCUGUUUUGCUGGGUCCUGGACCGGUUUCCACUAUCCUGCUCUGUAAAAUUAUUGCUUAAAAGGUAAAUUUAAUUGCAGUUUUGAAAUAUAUCCGGAAAGCUAAAAAGAAAAAAAAAAGCGUUACGAAACGACAUAUAUGUUUUGAUUUUUAACCGACACGUUUGAUAAACAAAAUUCAAAUUAAACUUAUUUUUGUAUGAUUCCGCUACCUUAAAAACGAGAAGCAAAUGUUUAGUGGUUCACAUGGAUAUUUCUUAACUUUAUAAAGUCUCUUGUUGAUUAAAAAAGUCUUUGUUAGCGUUUUCCCAACAUGGAUUUAAACGAUCCGAAAGAAUCUACUUUUAAAGAUGUUAUAUUAACAGAAGUUAGAGAUACUGACGCAGAAUCAACGUUGGAUGUACCAAGUAACACCAGAGAAAAUGAUAGCUUGAAAGAUGAUACAACGGCAAAUAACUGUAAUGAUAAUCCCAGAAAUGACGGUGUUAACAAAGUCUCUGUCACACCUGUAUCUAACAAAGAUGUUGAUGACAAAAAGAUGAUUGAUACAGUUGUUAACGAAGAAUCCGUUGCGGCAAGCGUUGAUGACGAAGAAAAUAUUAUCGUACAUAUUAAUGAAGAGAAUACUCUAAAUGUUGGUAAGGAAGAAGGAAUUAUCAGUAAUGCUGCCAACAACCCGGUUUCCAUGGGUGUAGAGAAGAAAUGUGAGCCGUCAAAGCAGAAUGCAGUUAACGUGGACCUUCAUUUAAAUGCAAAUCACACAAUUUAUCGCUCUGGUAAUGUUGAUGACAAAGUUACUUCGGACAAUGAGAGCGACCCCUCUUCAUCUCUUAGUUCUUCAUCGUCAAACGACGAUGAUGAACCAACGAAACCAAAUGUAACAGAAAAAUGUCCAGAUGAGAAGAAAAUUAUUGAAAAGCCUAAAGUGAAAGGAGAAUUAGGUAUUGAGGAUCUUCCUCCUAUUGAAGAACUGAAGAUAACUGCAGAUGACAAGGUGCAGCUUGUAUGUGUUGGGUUGAUUUCCACUAUCAUAGACACACUUGUUGUAGUUCAAUCUCUUGAAUCUGAAUCUUCUCCACUCAACGAUGACAGCAUCUUGUUUCUAAAGGACCGAACCUCCUUGGGACAGGUGUUUGAAAUAUUUGGUCCUGUACGGAACCCUAUGUAUUCUGUUCGGUUUAACACCACUCAAGAUAUCCAAGAAAAGGGUUUGAAAGUUGGGACAGAAAUUUAUUAUGCCCCUAAAGAGUUGAAGUAUACAAACUAUGUGUUUGUACAGGACUUGAUGAAACAAAAGGGUUCUGAUGCAUCUUGGGAACAUGACUUGGAACCUCCAGAUAAGUUCUUGGAUUAUUCUGAUGAUGAAAAAGAACGUUUGAUGAAGAAGAAUAAAAAGAAAUCUCGUGAUGACAAUUCUGAAAGUGAUGAUUCGAACAAGGAAGGUAAAAACCAGGCACACCGAAAGAAAAAUUCCAACAAUCCAUUCUAUUUGAAAAAUGACUCUCCAGUAACGCAGAAGAACAGUAAAAACUAUAAGAAGAAAUCUGAGGGUUUCACUCAUCAAGGCCACCGAAAUGAUCAAGGAUCCAAGCCACAACAAAUCAACAAUUGGCAUUCUAAUGCUUAUACCAGUUGGCCACCAAAAGAACCAAGACCUCAAUCUUUUGAAGCCUCUAACAAUAGGUUUCCUAACACCUAUGGCAACAGACCUCCAAAUCCACCUAACAAUUGGUCGACAAAUCCCCCUAACCAGUGGCCCUCAAAUCCUGCAAACAGUUGGGGCCAAACUGGGACCAAUAACUGGCCUUCUACAAAUGGUCCUAACAAAUGGCCAAGAACCCCAAACAGUUGGUCUCAAGGUACCUCAAACAGUUGGUCUCAAGGUACCCCAAACAGCUGGUCUCAAAGUACCCCAAAUAAUUGGUCUCAGAAUACCCCAAAUAACUGGUCCUUGAAUGCUCCAAAUAAUUGGUCCCAAAAUAAUCCUAACACUUCAUUCCAAAAUACCCCAAACAGUUCAACUCAAAUGACCCCUAAUAACUGGCCUGCACUGAAUAGUUGGACCCAAAAUAAUCCUAAUAGUUGGUCUCAAAAUACUCCUAACAUUUCAGCACAAAAUAUCCCUCAUGGCUCAUCUCAAAUUAAUCCUAAUACCUGGUCUUCAAACUGGCCUACCAAUUGGUCUUCUAAUCCUAACAGUCUUCCCCCAAAUCCUUUUAGCGUUCCCCCACCAAAUAUUUUGAAUAGCUCCUCCUCAAACUCCAUGAGCCAACCAUCUGCCGCACUCCCAAACAACCCUCCUCCAAAUGCACCAAGCUGGACUCAAAAUUCUUUUGCUCAGACACAAAGAUUUCUUCCCAAUACCAACCAGUGGCCUCCUCAACAAGCAGGAAAUGUUAAUACUGGGACUAACAAUCCAAAUUUUAAUUCUUAAAUACCAGAAGGCUCUCAAUUAACGAGCAACGAUGGAUGUAAUUUGCUUAAUAAAUAUUCAUGGUUCAGCUGCAUUCGUCUGAUCUUGCUUGAACAAUUGUACAAGAUGUUGCAAAAUUACCUCUCAAUUCUUGAGAACUGUUCCAACAGUAAACAUUUGCUGUGUAUCAGUCUGAACUAUGAUGAGAACUGCAAAAAAAAAAACAAAAACAUCCAAAGAAUGGUAAAACAUUAACUGCAAGAUAUUCCAUUACCACUUGCCUUACUUCACUAAUGCCACGACAAUGGCUACGCUUCCUUAUAUAUGUGUGUGUGGGUAUCAUUAUCACCCACUUUUCCCUGCUUGCACUAAUUGGAUGGAAUAUGUUGAGGCAGAGUUUUUGUUAUUGGUAACCUUCCUGCUGCCAACCCUUGCUUGUUUCUAAGGAAGGUCAUAGUUCUCCAUGGCCAGACAUGCUUUUUAUGGAAGGUUGGAAACAAACAGCUCUGCUUAUAGGAUGAUGAUGCUCCUUUACAACCAUCAUGUCAUGUCUAAACAAGAGCUGACACACGCAUACUCACACACACACACAUGAUUUAUAUCAGGAUUGUUGGCUGCCAGUUGAUUCAUUGAGUUGUUACUAUAUGGAGGACAUCCUACCCCACCCCUGAAUCCAGUAUGAGUUACAGAAAAAAAAAUCUGGUUCAAUCCUCCAUGUAACCUAGAAGUCUCAGCUAACAUAGGUGGUUUCUGCUUCCUGGCUUUAAUCAAGACAUUUUCCAAGAAACCAUUUGCAUUAUAAGCUCUUCAAUCCCCACAAUGUAAUGGUCAUUUACUCUUGCUUAGAUAAAUCACUUCAAAUAUCACAUGCUAUAGUAAACACAAAUACCUAUAAAGCCUCCUAUUCAUGCUCUAACCUGUAACUCGAAAUCCUACCAAAUACCAACUGCGAUGAUCCUGCCUCUCAAAGGCUGUAGUCUGUAGAACUACCCUCACCCCAUCAGUAUCACAGCCAGUCGUUUUAAGAGAAGUUAUACAUAGCAUAUGCACUUGUCCACAUGCAGGAUAAGGAAAAUUCCAUUUCUGUGUUCCACUUCAUUUGGAUACUCCAGAACAACUUCUCCCACAUCAAAUGGAGUAUUGACAGGACCCCACUUUACUCACCUGGAACUCACAGUUGCCAAUUCUGUUUCCUUGAAAGACUACAUAUACUCUACCUCCCAGCAGUAUCCAUCAACAAGACGAAUUAACUAUGUUACUGUUAUCACCAGAGGUGCCCUGAUAAUGAUAAUCCAGAUAUACCACUCUAGGACUGGCUGCCCACCACACAAGGGGAGGGUAUUUAAUCCAUGCCACUUGUAUAAACUACAGCUGUAGCCCUGUUGGUCAUCCAGCUUCAAUUUUAACCUAACAUUUUGUCCUAAUGCUAUCAAAUCUGGUUACUCUGAAGUAAAGAGUACUGCUGUUAUUGUAUUAACGCUCCACUGAACAGUGACUGAACUUCUAAACUGUGACAACACCCCACCCUAUCAUGUGUGGCACCAAAUGGAAUGAUCUGAUAUUGAAUACAUGACACUGUGACAGCUCAUUGCCAACAUACAGUCUGAACACGUGGGCCUAAGAAUAAAGAAAAGAUCUGGUAUUACUUCCUUACCAUCAACUCUAUGUAAACUGUGGUGACCAUUAGAAGCCCAAUAACUUAAGCUAGUUUGAAUUUGUCUCAAAUCCCUCACUCUUCCAAUUUAUGAUGAAAUAGGCUCAUCCAAUGCACCCACAAAAUUUGAAACCAUGUUGCAGCUGAGUCAAACUUAUUAAGAAAUGUAACUCUACCGAGUGUGAUGAGUACCCCUUUUGCUUGUCCACAUAAUAUAUAUCAUCAUCAUCAUCGUCGUUUAACAUCUGCUUUCCAUGCUGGCAUGGGUUUGACUGAGAACUGGCAAACCAGGAGGCUGCACCAAUCUGAUUUGACAAGGUUUCUACAGCUGGAUGCCCUUAAUGCCAAUCACUCCGAGAGUCUAGUGGGUGCUUUUUACGGGUGCCAGUCAGGUGGCACUGGCUUUGGACACGCUUGAAUGGUACUUUUUACGUGCCACCAGCAUGGGUGUCAGUCAGGCGGCACUGGCAUAUAUGUACAUAUUUACUUAAUUGGCAAGAGUUACAAAGUAAUGAAGUGGGAAUGUACAAAACUCUCAGCCAUUGAGUAACUUUGUAACUUCUAUUGAUUAAAUAAAAAAUAUAUAUUCAUGUUUCAA